AUUACACAGUUGGAUCCAUACAGGGGAGAAACAACAGAGCUGACAUUUAAUUUUUGAAAUGUCACAGGAAAAAAAACCAAACUUUUGUAAGAUUACAUUGUUUGGAUUCACCUCGAACAGCCAUGUUGGACACGUUGCAGAAAGUUUCUUUAAUACACAUUAGUGUGUUGGCCAUGAGUCCACAUUCCAGAUCACUGGGGGGCGAUAGUGAGCCUGGAAGCUGUUAGGCAACCACCAAUAAAAUCUGAAGAAGAAGAUCAACAAGCAAGGAACAAGCCCAAGAAGAAGAAGUAGAAGAAGAACUUUUCAUGCGGAAGUAAACAGAGAACUGGCAAGUCCAGUUUUCGUUAAUACCCUGCUAAGAGUUUUGCGUGAAGAAGUGUCUCACUCUCAGUUCAACAAUGGCUUUAGUUCCGAGUAUGAGACAGUUUGUCUGUGAUCGACUGACCGCCGCUGCUCAAGAAAUACUGGGAGUCUUUGAGAAGAAGUUGGAAAACUACGAGGCAGAAAUCGCUCGUCAACGCAGACUGUUGGACUCUGUUUUUACCCCAGAGAUAAAGUUACACCGGACAGAGCUUGCACAGUUAUCUGUCAAUAAGGAGGGGGCGGCCCUUCGGAACAGGCAGCAGACUGGCUCCAGUUCGGUCCCACCAGAUCCUCCAUGUAUCAAAGAGGAACACGAGGAAAUGUGUGUCAGUCAGGAACAACAGCAGCUUGCACAGCAACAGGACGCCAAAGCUUCUAAGUUGACUCCAGCUUGUGAGGAAAGUGUCCACAGUGGUCAAUCUCAGAAUUUGGACAAAGACGAGUCAAAUAAAGAUCCUCCAUCCACCAACUCAAAUAAAGAUAUAUUAUCUGGAUCUGACUGGGAGAGUUCUGUGGUAUCAGCAACAGACGGUGACAGUGUCACUGACAACUCUCAAGUAGCUGAGAGCCAAGAUCAACAGAUAACUUGCACCCAUGGGAGUGCAACACCAAGUGCACACAAUGAGUCAACAGCACACAAGACAAGCGAUGACGAAAACACAUCAGCUACAAGUAUGGAGCACACAUCAGAUAACCAAAGCAAUGAUAUGAGCACAACAUCAGCUACAGGUACUGAGCCAACGUCAAAUGAAAAAUGUAAUGAUAAGACCACAGCAUCAACAAGUGACACUGAGCUUCCACCAAGUGAGAGCGAUAAUGAUGACACCCCACCAUUAGAAGGUAAUAGUGAGUCAACACCAAAUGAGACAGGCCAAGAUGACAGCACAACAUGGGCUACAAGUACUGAGCAAACGCUUAAUGAGAAAUGUAACAAUGACAACACAGCAUCAAUCAGUAGUACAGUGAUUACACCAAAUGAGAUCACAACAUCAAUCACAAAUACUGAGGCAACACCACAGAGGAAACCAGAUAAUCAAAAAACAUCAUCAGCAAAAAAGACAACAUCACCUACACGCACUGAGUCAGCGCCAAAGAAAAAAGGUGACUCAACAUCGAAAGGAAAUAAUGAAAGAACACCAAAUAAGAAACAAAGCGAUGAGAAGGCAUCAACUAAAAGUAGUGAUUCAGCAACACAUAGAAAACCCAAUGAUGGGAGAUUAGCAUCAACUUCGAGUACUAAACCAGCACCAAAACAACUCAGUGGUGGUAAAACAACUUCUACUGGAAGUAUCGAGCCAACACCAGAUAAGGAUUGUUAUCGCGAGAAUUUAUCAGCUAUACCACAAGAGAAGGGUAAUGAGACAACCACAGCCCCAGAUGAAGGCACUGAACUCACAUCAGAUGAGACAUAUAAUGAUGAGAACCCAACAUCAGAAGAGAAUAGUGAACCAAUUAAGAAACGUAACAAUGAGAAGACAACAUCUGCUAAAAGUACUGAUCCAACAACAAAAGGAAAACCCAAUGACGGGAAAGCAAAAUUAACCUCAAGUUCCAAACCAGCCCCAAACAAGAGCAACGAUGGAAGCUCCACAUCAACCAGAAGUGAUGAGUUGACACCAAAUGAGAAACCUAAAACUGGCAAUACAGUGUCUACAAGCAGCAAGGGGUUGACAACUCGUAGGAGACUUAAGGAAGGGAGUGAAACAUCAGUUGGAAGUAGUGAAUCAACACCAAUAAAGAAAAGUAAGGAUGAAAAUACAUCAACCAGAAAUACAGAGCAAAAGCAAAGUAAGGAACGUAACAAUGAGAGCACAGCGUCAAAUCGAAGAACUACAGCACCAGCAAACAAGAACAAUGGGGACUCCUCAGGUAGUAGUGGUAACGAGGGUCAUGGUGACAACCCUUACAAGUGCGAAAGGUGUGGUAAAGUGAUGAGUAAUUUCAAAAACUACAAAUUUCAUAUGAAAUCCCACACUGUUGAAAAGACUUACAAAUGUGACACUUGUGGGAAAAUGUUCAGGGAGAGUUGGGAUUUGAAUAAACAUCUGGUGGUUCACUCUGUCGACAAGCCUUUCAAAUGCAAGGUCUGUGGAAACGGGUUCAACCGCCGGUAUAAUCUGGAUCUGCAUGCAAGGGUUCACACUGGCGAAAAGCCAUUCAAAUGUGACGUCUGUGAUAAAAGCUUCAGCUCAUUGGUGAACAUGAAGAAGCACACCAGAAUUCACACAGGUGAGAAGCCAUACAGCUGCAGCGACUGCGGGAAGGAAUUUGCAGAUUCUUCGGCUUUCAGAAAUCACCAACGAGUUCAUUCGGGGGAAAAGCCCUUCAAGUGUUCCUAUUGCAAGAGAAAGUUUGCUACCGGUACGACUUUGAAAAGGCACACCAGAACGCACACGGGUGAAAAGCCAUAUAAGUGCACUGUGUGUGACAAGUCGUUUGGGCAUAGAACAGACCUGAAAGGACACAUGAGGUUGCAUACUGGGGAGAAGCCUUACAAAUGCAGCACUUGUGGAGAACAGUUCUCCACCUGGUUAAAACACAGCAAACACAAGAGAAAGCACACAAGCGAAGCACAAAACCCCAAUACUUCUGAUAAAGAUGCAUGAAUUGCAUUACAGUAGAAUUUCUGCUGGUAUUUUGAGGUUUUAUUUAAAAGAGUAUUCCCCCAAUUAAGCAUUGCACUCUCAAAACAUUUUUGGACAGAAACAGUCUUCCUUAUUCAAGUCCUUCUUCCUUGUUGAAAUCUGGUGCCUACAUUACCCACAAUGCUACACAAACACUGACCAGUCAGCAAUACAGUUGUGUUCUGCUUAUAAUGUAGCCUUGGGGCUACAGACAUUGGGCAAGGUCACUUCUUUCUAACUCCAAAUCUUUUAUAUACUGUAUAUAUGCACUGUAUACAUUUUUCAACUGACUGCCGCUGACUGGAUGUCACUUGAGACAUAUCAGACUUUACACAGCUCCCCCUGAGGCCAAAUUAAACUUUUUCACAUAUAGUAUGGAAUAAUAUUCUUUACGACCUGUAAACAGACAUUGAUGUAAGGGUUAGGGUUAGUUAGGGUCGUGGAGUUAACUUACACAUUUUAAUUUUCCGUUUUCUGUUAUGUACUUUAAGGUCUUUAUCGUAUAUAAAUUAAUCAGGCCUCGUGUUUUGAGCUUGGUGAAUUUGCCUGCUGGCUUUGCUCUCAUUGGGCCGUCCAGGUCUUAAAAAUGGAGCCGCAUUUAUAAACUCAAAGGGGCAGCAUUGGUGACGGUUUGCUGCUUCAGAUAUGAAAUACAGUCCGGGAAGGGUGGUUUGAGUGAUGGAUCUAUAUGCUAGCACUGCACAAAGCAUUAGAAUAUCAAACUGACAAUCAUUUUUGUAGAAAAAUGGUAGAUUGAUACGGUUCUUGCUUCAAAGUUGUGUGCUAGUAUUUAUUAGACUGGCCGGAGUGGUCAUUUGCUGGAUUAACUUGCACUGUGUCGCAGCAAAAGCCCAUCUAGCUUUAACUUUUAUGUUGGACGCUUUGUUGUUGUUGUUUUCUCUCUUGAGUUGUCUUCAUGAAAUGAAUGAGCAGUCUGCACAUUACCUUGUAGCACUAAUGUCAGUCAGCCUUAGUUCUGGAAACAGCCUUAAUUCUGGCACCGUCACAUGAUGACUCAAAGUUAAUAUGUAAUGUAUGUAUGUAAUAACAAAAUGUGCAGUAUUUCAGGGUCGAGAAAAACCUGAUUGACAGGAAUGUUGUUUAGAUACAGGGUGAUCUGACUGGGGCAGAGGCACUCUUGGAUCAUAUCUUCUGAGGCUAGUUUUAAGUGUGAUGGUACAAAUGUAUAUGCAUGUCAAAAUCAGUUUGUAAUCCCACAUUUUGGGCCUUGCUAUGUUUCAUGACAGUAACAUACGCAGAAAAUGGCUGUUUUUAUCUGCUGUAUCAUUGUUUGAAUCAGCAAUAAUGUUAUUUAUUGUAUUAGGGGAAGAAACAGCAUCUUUGUUGUCUGAAUGCCUUAAUGCCUUAUCCUCUUGGUAAUGUGUUUUUAAAAGUGCAGCUUUUAAUCUACAGCACAAUUGUUCUGUAAAACCCACAAAAAAUAAUGUAUUAUGAAUGAUUUACUCAUUCAGUCUUGAAUAAACCA